UUCCCAGCUGUAUUUCUGCAAAUCCACUAUCUGAGCGUUGCCCUGCCCCGCGAACCAAUGCAGGCUCCAUGGUUGGCAAGCUCUCCAUGGCCACCGUGGCGCCAUGGAAGCGACUCUGCAAGCUCGUAUCAAACGGACACUACCAGGAAGCGCUCCUCUCCUACUCUCGAGCCCACGCGUCCAACCUCCGUCCGGACGCCUUCACCUUCCCCUGCCUCCUCAAGUCCUGCGCCGCGCUCAAGGAUGCCCCCGCCGUGCUCCAAGUCCACGGUCACCUCGCCAAGUCGGGCUUCUCCUCCUGCCCCUACACGGCCACCGCCCUAACGAGCGCCUAUGCCAGGCUCCUCCGUCUCGGGGAGGCAUGCAAGGUGUUCGACGAAAUGCGGGAAAGAAACGUGCCCUGCUUCAAUGCUCUCAUCGCGGGGUUCUCGCAGUGCGGAAAGGUUGAUGAAGCGAUGGGUGUAUUUAGGCUCCUCGGGAAAGAGGGGAUACUGCCGGACUCUGUCACAAUGGCGAGUGUGCUACCUGCGUGUCGGGCCAUGGAGCAAGGGAAGCAGCUGCACGGGCUUGUAGUGAAGACCGGUGAUUGUUUGGAUCGCUAUGUUGCCACAUCACUCAUCACAAUGUACUUGGAUUGUGGUGAUUCGGAUGGCGCAAGGAGGAUUCUUGAACUCAUGGUUGAUAAGGGCGUCGAGAGUUACAAUGCAAUGGCUUCUGGACUGUUGAGGAAUGGUGAAGAUUUUAUAGCUUUGGGUACUGUCAGGGAAAUGAUAUUUGGAUCCAGCGAAAAACCUAAUGAGACCACUUUGCUGGUAGUCCUCUCAGCGUGCACUAGUGUGUUGGUACCGUCACUUGGUAAAGAGGUCCAUUGCUAUGUCCUGAAGCAUGCAAUGGAUUGCAGUAUCAAGAUCAGGACUGCACUCAUUGACAUGUACUCAAAAUGUUGUUCUCUGGAGUGUGCUUACCAGGUUUUCUCUGCCAUGGAUGAGCGGAACUUGGUGACCUGGAAUACGAUGAUCUCAGGUUUUCUGAUACACGAGAAGCUUGCAAACGCCUUAGGGUUGUUCCAACAGCUGAGGUUGAAAGGCUUCAGCCCUGACAGUAUUACAUGGAAUCUGAUGAUUAAUGGGCUUGCACAUCACCAGAAGUUUGCUGAGGUUUUCUCAUUUUUCAAUAAGAUGCGGUUGGAGGGAGUCUCAGGUGCAAGUCUGGAAACCAUGACAAGUAUGUUGAGUGCUUGUUCAGCUAUGUCAGAUAUCAAGCAUGGGAAGGAAAUAUAUUGCCAUGUUAUUCGAACAAUGCAACACUUUGAGGAUGAUGUUUUCCAGACAACAGUGAUUGACAUGUUUAUGAGUUGUGGAUGUGACAGCUAUGCUGGUAGAAUAUUUGAGAAAGAUAGGAGGAAAUCGAAUGAUCCAGCUUUGUGGAAUGCAAUGAUUUCUGGUUACGGAAGGUGUGGGAAAAGCAGUUUAGCAUUGCAAACCUUCAACGAAAUGCUUGAGCAGCAAGUGCAUCCCAACUCAGCCACCUUUCUCUGUGCUCUUUCAGCUUGUGGCCAUGCUGGAUUAGUCCAGAAAGCAUUGCAUAUCUACCAAAUGAUGGAGAGUGCCUACAGUAUCAACCCUACUUUUGAACACUUGAGCGUCAUGGUUGACCUUUUUUGCCGUGCUGGAAAGCUAUCUGAAGCUUAUGGUCUAUUACUGAAACAUACUGAUCCACCAGCUUCAAUGUGGUAUUCUUUUCUUGGUGCUUGUAGAAACUACUCUAAUGCCGAACUUGGUGAAAUAGCAGCAACAAAACUCUAUGAUUUGGACCCUUCAAGCACAACUCCAUGGGUAAUUCUAUCCAACAUAUACGCUGAACAAUAUCGAUGGGGCGAAGUAGAGACACUGAGGAAAAUGAUGUCAGACAAGCACCUCAUCAAAGCUCCUGCGCGUACUGAACUUGUAUGAAAAUCUGUUUCUUGUCUGCUUAGUUUAGGAAGGAAAUGAAUACCAUUUAGAAGGUAUGGACAUCUCUUCCCAUGCCAGCCAUCUUGUCAUAACAAAAAGCUUAUUGCUGCCUACAUUAAAAUGAUAUUGAGCUCAUGUCCAUA